UUCAGAUGCGAGUAAUUAGAUUAUAUAAUAAAAUAACAUUAUGUGUACGUAUCUCUCAUUAAGAUUUUUCGAUAAAAGAAAAUUUUAUACACCAUCAUUUGAAGCGAUGAAAAGUAUGAGCAUAUUUAUAUUCUUAUUAUGUUUUAUAAUAAAUGAUAUCGUUAGAUCUCAUGAAAAUGCGAAUGAAAAUUAUAGUUUCAAGGUUGAUUAUGAAAAUGAUCAAUUUCUUCUCGAUGGUAAACCAUUUCGAUAUGUUUCUGGAAGUUUUCAUUACUUUAGAACUCCCAAACAGUAUUGGAGACCUAUAUUCAAAAAAAUGAGAGCCGCUGGUUUAAACGCUGUUUCUACUUAUGUUGAAUGGAAAUUACACGAACCCGAGCUUGACCAAUGGAACUGGGAUGGAGACGCAGAUAUUAUCGAGUUUAUAAAAACAGCUGCGGAAGAGAAUUUACUCGUUCUUCUACGGCCUGGUCCAUACAUUUGUGCCGAGAGAGAUCUUGGAGGUUUCCCGUAUUGGUUAUUAAAACUCGUACCUGACAUCAAAUUGCGUUCUAGAGAUAAACGUUAUCUAUUUUACGCGGAAAAAUACUUGGAUGAAAUUUUAACGAAAAUCAAACCUUAUUUGAGAGGAAACGGUGGUCCGAUAAUAAUGGUGCAAAUUGAAAACGAAUAUGGACAUUUUAUAACUUGCGACGAUGAAUAUAAGUCAACUUUGUAUAAUAUUUUUCAUCGACAUAUUGGGGAGAAUGCGCUUUUAUAUACAACUGAUAGAGUGCAUGAAAAGUCCUUGAUGUGUGGAUCAAUUCCUGGGGUUUACACUACAGUUGAUUUCGGCAGUGCCGGCAACGUGGAGGAGAAUUAUAAGCUUUACAGAAAAUUUGUACCUAAGGGUCCGCUUGUCAAUUCUGAGUUUUAUACUGGCACAUUCAGCGCUUGGGAUCGAAAGUUCAAAAGAAUUAGCAUUGCUCAAGUGGCAAAAACCUUUGAUAUUUUAUUAGCAAAGAAUGUUUCCGUGAAUUUCUACAUGUUUUUUGGAGGAACGAAUUUUGGUUUCUCAUCUGGCGCUAAUGUACGUGAUGGUUAUAUUCCGCAAUUAACUUCCUACGAUUAUGAUGCACCUCUUAAUGAAGCUGGAGACCCUACCCCAAAGUACUUCGAAUUGAGAAAAAUUAUUUCAAAGUAUUAUUCAUUGCCAGAUUUAGAUGUUCCGACAACAGCUCCUAAAGGCAAUUAUGGCACAGUACAUAUGGAGUCGACGCUCAGUUUAUUUUCCACCGAAGGUCGACGUAAUUACGGUACAUCCCAACAAGAAUUUCCCGAGCCGCCGACAUUUGAAGCUCUUGGCCUUCCACAUUGGUUGGUUUUAUAUGAAACUCAUUUGAGCUCCGAUCAAAAUUUAACAACAUCUUCUUUACACGCAAAAACUAAAGAUAGAGCUUUGGUAUAUGUCAAUGAUGCUCUAUCUGGUACUUUGAGCAGAAUAGGUGAAUACAACACGAUACCUCUAACCAUAGAAAAAGAUGCACGAUUGCAGCUUCUUGUUGAAAAUAUGGGCCGUAUAACAUCUGGACAUUAUGACGUCGAAGACUUCAAGGGUAUUUCAGAAGUAACGUUAAACAACGUACCCAUUACAACGUGGAAAACUACUGGCUUUCGAUUAGCUUCUGUCACAGCCGAAUCCUUUACUACGAAAGAUACAACUACCGUAACUGGAAAAUUAAAUAGCGGUCCUCGUUUCUUUGUUGGAUCGUUUGAAAUUAAAGAUGAGCCAUUGGAUACUUUCUUAAAUACCGACGGUUGGGGAAAGGGAGUUAUUUAUAUCAAUGGUCAUAAUCUUGGCAGAUACUGGGCUUCAGUAGGCCCACAAAUUACUUUAUAUGUUCCAGCUCCAUUUCUUAAUAAAGGACAGAAUUCGGUUGUAUUAUUAGAACUUGAAUACGCUAAUGAUAAAUGUACAAUUGAAUUUCAAGGAGUGCCAAUUUUGGAUAGAUUUAUAAGGCAUUAACCUACCAAGCGAAUCGAUAGUCUAUCGGUGACUCGCAAUAUUAAUAAUUAUAAAUUGCGAAACAAUCAUGAAUAAAAUAUUCUCAUUAUUGUAA